CAGCGCGGCUGCGGCGCGGAGCCGGGACGCCGGGGGCGGAGGAGAGAGGCGGCCCGGUCGGGGCGGCGCUGGCUGCGGAGGCCGCGGCGCGGGAGCUCGAGGCUGAGACUCACCGGAGGGAGCAGCGGCGCGAGCGCCCCGCCAUCGUCCCGUGUUGUAGUUUUGCCGCUGGACUCUUCCCUCCCUUCCCCCACCCCAUCAGGAUGAUAUGAGACUUGAAAGAAGACGAUGCAUACAGGAGGAGAGACUUCAGCAUGCAAACCUUCAUCUGUCCGGCUUGCACCGUCGUUCUCGUUCCAUGCUGCUGGCCUGCAGAUGGCUGGACAGAUGCCCCAUCCACACCAGUACAGUGACCGUCGCCAGCCAAACAUAAGUGACCAGCAGGUUUCUGCCUUAUCGUAUUCUGAGCAGAUUCAGCAGCCUCUAACUAACCAGGUGAUGCCUGACAUUGUCAUGUUACAGAGGCGGAUGCCCCAAACCUUCCGUGAUCCAGCAACUGCUCCUCUGAGAAAACUUUCUGUUGACUUGAUCAAAACAUACAAGCAUAUUAAUGAGGUUUACUAUGCAAAGAAGAAGCGACGGCACCAGCAGGGCCAGGGCGACGACUCCAGCCACAAGAAGGAGCGCAAGGUGUACAACGACGGCUACGACGACGACAACUACGACUACAUCGUGAAGAACGGGGAGAAGUGGAUGGACCGCUAUGAAAUCGACUCCUUGAUAGGCAAGGGCUCAUUCGGACAGGUCGUGAAAGCGUAUGAUAGAGUGGAGCAAGAAUGGGUUGCCAUUAAAAUUAUAAAGAACAAGAAAGCGUUUCUGAACCAAGCCCAGAUAGAAGUGCGGCUGCUGGAGCUCAUGAACAAACAUGACACCGAAAUGAAGUACUACAUAGUGCAUUUGAAACGCCACUUUAUGUUUCGAAACCAUCUCUGUUUAGUUUUUGAAAUGCUGUCCUAUAAUCUCUAUGAUUUGUUGAGGAACACAAAUUUCCGAGGGGUCUCACUGAACCUAACUCGGAAGUUUGCGCAGCAGAUGUGCACAGCAUUGCUCUUCCUUGCGACUCCCGAGCUGAGCAUCAUUCACUGUGACCUGAAGCCCGAGAACAUCCUUCUGUGCAACCCCAAGCGGAGCGCCAUCAAAAUCGUUGACUUUGGCAGCUCGUGUCAGUUGGGGCAGAGGAUAUACCAGUAUAUUCAGAGUCGCUUUUAUCGGUCUCCAGAGGUGCUACUGGGAAUGCCUUAUGACCUUGCUAUCGAUAUGUGGUCCCUUGGAUGUAUCUUGGUUGAAAUGCACACUGGAGAGCCUCUGUUCAGUGGUGCCAAUGAGGUAGAUCAGAUGAAUAAAAUAGUGGAAGUUCUGGGCAUCCCACCCGCUCACAUCCUUGACCAAGCACCAAAAGCAAGGAAGUUCUUUGAGAAGCUGCCUGAUGGCACGUGGAACUUAAAGAAGACCAAAGAUGGAAAACGGGAGUACAAACCACCAGGAACCCGUAAACUUCAUAAUAUUCUUGGAGUGGAAACAGGAGGACCUGGCGGGCGGCGUGCUGGGGAGUCGGGUCACACUGUGGCUGACUACUUGAAGUUCAAAGACCUCAUCUUAAGGAUGCUUGAUUAUGACCCCAAGACUCGGAUCCAGCCUUACUAUGCGCUGCAGCACAGCUUCUUCAAGAAAACAGCCGAUGAAGGCACAAACACAAGCAACAGCGUGUCCACCAGCCCCGCGAUGGAGCAGUCCCAGUCCUCAGGCACCACCUCCAGCACCUCGUCCAGCUCAGGUGGAUCCUCGGGAACGAGCAACAGUGGGAGAGCCAGGUCGGACCCAACGCACCAGCAUCGGCACAGUGGCGGACACUUCACUGCUGCUGUCCAGGCCAUGGACUGUGAGACACACAGUCCUCAGGCGCACCAGCAGUUCCCGGCUCCUCUGGGCUGGUCAGGCACUGAAGCUCCUACACAGGUCACUGUUGAGACUCGUCCUGUUCAGGAAACAACCUUUCAUGUAGCCCCUCCGCAGAGUGCACUGCAUCAUCACCAUGGAAACAGCUCCCAUCACCACCACCACCACCACCAUCACCACCACCACCAUGGACAGCAAGCCUUGGGUAACCGGACCAGGCCAAGGGUCUACAAUUCUCCAACAAAUAGCUCCUCUACCCAGGAUUCUAUGGAGGUUGGCCACAGUCACCACUCCAUGACAUCCCUGUCUUCCUCAACGACUUCUUCCUCGACAUCUUCCUCCUCUACUGGUAAUCAAGGCCAUCAGGCCUAUCAGAACCGCCCGGUGGCUGCUAAUGCCUUGGACUUUGGACAGAAUGGAGCUAUGGACGUUAAUUUGACCGUCUACUCCAAUCCCCGCCCAGAGACUGGCAUAGCUGGGCAUCCGACGUACCAGUUCUCGGCUAGUGCAGGCCCUGCACGUUACAUGACUGAAGGGCACCUGACGAUGAGACAAGGGGCCGAUAGAGAAGAGUCGCCCAUGACAGGAGUCUGUGUGCAACAGAGUCCUGUAGCUAGCUCGUGACUACAUUGAAACUUGAGUUUGUUUCUUGUGUGUUUUUAUAGAAGUGGUGUUUUUUCCCAAAAACAAAGUGCAAAGCUGCUUGAGUCAGAAGGAGAUGGACACACUGAACCCUGGCAAGAGGGCAAAGUGACUUUUUUUUUUAACUUGAAAAGAUUGCAAAGGGACACUGAAGUUUUUAAGAGCCAUGUCCACCCGUCUUCACGGAGAGCUCAGAGGUGUCCUCUUCUUGCCUCCCCGUUUAACUUACCAUCUCCUGGUCAUAGUGGGUUUGUCUUUCUAUCCAACAAAAGUUAAUGUUCAGAUGUUGGUCUUGGUCAUUUGCCAACUAAUUUUAAAAUAAAAAGGCACUGCACAUAAUUUGCAUAAAGGGCCCCUUAAGGGUGUUUUGUUUUGUUUUUGUUUUUCAUUUUUAUUUUUAUCCUUUUUCCCUCUGUUUUGCUUUGUUUUGUUUUGGGUUGGGGAUGGGGUGGGAAGUUUGGGUUUUUAUGUCCUCUCCACACUUGGGCACGGAAAUGCAGUACUGUAAGGAAGAGGGCCCUCCAGCUCACACGCCAUCUCCAGCUGUGUGAAAGGGACGGUUGUGUUGAAGUCUGUAAGGCACAGUAAGCAUGCUAAGUGGCGGGGAUCAGGACUCUCCUGUCUGAACCUCCUGAGGAGCGAAGCAUCAAUUGCGUGGGAUCCUGUGGGGCUCCUGGUGGAGAGGCCACAGGAAGAUGGGAUGGAGUAUGACUGGUCUCCUCACCAAGGCGCACCGAGAAGCAAGCAGCGGGUCGGUUGUGGCCAGUCCUGGGGAGGUCUGAGUGGUGGUCCUUGGGAUGACCUUUGGCCUUAUGGAUUUGGACUCGAAGUUGGAAGAGCCUGCCAUGUCAGAUGCAGUCGCUUGUGGAUGCGCUUCCGCAGACAGUCCUUAAUGCUGAAACACAGAGGAUGGGUAACUCAAGAGGCCUUUCUUUUAAAUAGACUUUUGUGACCCACUAAUUGUAAGGUAUUGCAAGGUCACUUUGCGUGUGUCAUAAAGCUGACUUCUGUAUUGGUUGAAGGCCACAGAGGUAGUGGUUUGCUUUGAUGGAAAUAGCUACAGCUGUGUCCCUUCCUGCUUUUUACCUUUUCUUUGGCUUUUUCUCGGCACGUGGUGUCUUCACCAUUUCUUCUGCACAAAGACGUCUUCUGUUCAUCCUGAACAUUUUAAAAUGCAGAUUUUAUGUGACUGCUUUUUUGCCUCACAAUUAUGCUGUGAAUUUUACAAAAAUUUAUUUUCUUUUUUGAUAAUUUAUUGUACCAAAGCUGUUUUUAUAGCACAUAGAUGUCUGUAACCAAUAAUGUAGCAGUUGUGCACUUUGACACAAGGUGUAACUAGACCAUUUUUAAAUGUCAGUUGAAAAUUAUGGCUGUACUAUUGCUUAAACAAAACUGGAACUGUUGAUGAGUCCAUAGCUGAUACCUUCACAGCAAUUGUCCUGGACAGAAUAGAUGACAUCUGACUCAAGAUGACAACACCUGUCACAUUCUAAAUGUGGGGAAGGGACGCUGGAGCCAGCAGCUCUGGAGCCAGCAGCCGAGCCUUGCGCUCCUCACUGACUCACUUGUAAACCUGAACCCGAGACCCCGACUGACCCGACAGGUCCGUAGUAG